GGUAAACAGAUAGAACAAGAAGUUAAAUAAGAGAGAGAGAGAGAGAGAGAGAGAGAGAGAGAGAAGAGAGGAUAAAAUAAGAAAAUAAGAACAGUAACAAGAACAAAAGAGUGAAGCUGCAUUUAUUGGAAAUAUGGCAUUUGCACAUUACAUUGAGCACAUAUUCAAGUAAAUUUCAGUGAAGUGAUGGAUGAUUAACAGUUUGUCAAUCGGAUGAAAGAAGAUCAGAUUUGAAUUGACAGGUUAUCUUCAAGAUGGACAGCCAGAACCAAUAUAAUGUCUCACGGCCCAUCUACUCCGUACGCGCCUUUGAACAUGUUAACGAAAGGCAAGCCAGAGAGAGAAAGACCAUCAAAGAAAGGCUCAGUAAUUCCUGCAGAUGCUCUGCAAAACGGGUUGUAGGGCUGAUUAAGGGAUUUUUCCCAAUCCUUGAAUGGCUCCCAGCAUAUCAACUCAGGGAAUGGAUUGCUGGUGAAAUUGUAGCAGGAAUCACAACGGGUAUGGUGUGUGCUCUGCAAGGAUUGGCCUACUCACUGCUGGUUAAUGUCGGUCCUGUAUAUGGACUUUAUGCUGCUUUUUUCCCAAUUCUCCCCUACUUCAUUUUGGGGACCUCUAGACAUCUAUCUGUAGGCCCAUUUCCAGUCACCUGUCUGAUGAUGGGAUCAGUGGUGUUGAAUCUUGCUCCUGAUGAACUGUUCAUGAUACCAGGGAAUGGGACAGCAGUGAAUGGAACAGUGGCAAUGGUGGUGAAUACUGCAGAAAGAGACGCAAAGAGACUGGCAUUAGCUACCACUAUGACUGUCCUGAUUGGACUGUUUCAGUUGGCCAUGGGUGUGGCACAGGUGGGAUUCUUGGUGCGUUAUCUGUCUGACCCAUUGGUAGGAGGGUUCACUACAGCAGCAGCUUGCUCUGUAGUAGUCUCGCAGCUCAAACUGAUAUUUAAUGUUCCCACUGGUAACUACAAUAGCGUCCUGGCUCUUUUUUAUACUAUCGGGGACGUAUUUAAAAACAUCAAGAAAGCCAACAUGGUUGACCUGAUUGCUGCAGUAGUGACUAUUAUUGUUGUUGUGCUUGUAAAAGAGUUCAACGCCAGAUUUCAGAAAAAUCUUCCAGUGCCUAUUCCUAUUGAAGUGAUAGUGACAGUUAUUGAUUCCGGGGUUUCUUAUGCACUUGACCUUCGCAACAAUUAUGGUUCUGGCAUCAUUCAAACUAUCCCAAGAGGAUUUGUUCCACCUCAACCCCCAGAUGUAUCACUCUUUAGCAGUUUUGUGGGCCCAAGCUUUUCCACAGCAGUAGUAUCUUAUGCCAUAGCAAUAUCAGUGGCUAAAGUUUACGCAGCAAAACAUGACCUUGUAGUUGAUGGAAAUCAGGAACUGAUAGCCUUUGGAUUCAGCAAUGUUGUCUGUGGCAGUUUUGGUGGCUUUGUGGCUACCACUGCACUCUCACGUACAGCAAUACAGGAGAGCACAGGAGGCAAAACUCAGGUAGCAUCAAUAAUUUCAGCUCUGCUAGUGCUGAUAGUGAUUGUGGCUCUUGGGCCUUUACUUCAGCCUCUCCAAAAGUCAGUGCUGGGCGCCAUCGUAGUUUCCAACCUGAAAGGCAUGCUUAUGCAGUUCAAUGAUGUGCCCAUAUUAUGGAGGAAGAAUAGGACCGAUUGUAUUAUUUGGGUGUUUACAUUCAUUGCCUGUAUCCUGCUGGGGCUGGAUAUCGGUUUGCUGGCUGGCCUAGUGUUUGAGCUUGCCACUGUGGUUGCCAGGACACAGUUCCCAUCCUGUUCAACACUUGGAAAUAUACCCAGUACAGACAUCUACAAGAAUAUGAAAGACUAUAAAAAUAUUGUUGCAUGUCCAGGAACAAAGAUUUUCAAGUGUUCUGCACCAAUAUAUUUUGCCAAUAUUGAUCAUCUGAAAAACCGGAUAAAGCAUAUAGUGGGAUUUGAUGCAGUGCAAGUGUUUAAGAAAAGGAACAAAGCAUUAAAGAAGAUUCAUGGUCUAAUCAAGAAGGGAAAGCUUAAAGUCACAGAGAAUGGCCUGGUGUCAGUAGAACAGCUGGGUGUGACCAAUGAGGGGUAUGAGAACGAGCAGGACCCUCAACAGGUGGAAGGUAAACCACAGCAGGAAGUGGAGAAUGAAGUUCGGACAGACGUGGAUAUAGAGGUGCAAGUGGAUUGGACGGCUGCACUGCCUGUAAAUGUCACAGUCCCCAAAGUUGACAUUCACAGCUUGGUGAUGGACUUCACUGCAGUCUCCUUCAUAGAUGUGAUGGCUGGAAAGUGUCUUAAACUGAUAAUAAAGGAAUUUUUACGCAUUGGAGUCAAUAUAUAUAUUGCUGGCUGUGAUGAUGAAAUUAUCAUGAAGAUGGAGUCAAUGGGCUUCUUUGAUGCAAUGGUGCACAGAGGCAUGCUCUUCCACUCUGUCCAUGAUGCUAUUCUCUACAUCAAGAUGGAAACUGCUAGUGAUAUCACAGACGACCCGAUGUUAGAUAAGAUCUCACAGCUACAGGAUGACAAAGUACCUUACAUUGAUGACGAAGACUUGAUUGAGACCUAUGACAACCAGCGCUUGGCUAUCCAUGGGCUCUCAUGUUGAGCCUGAACUGAUGUUUUCUGAACCUAUGAAAAAGCCAACAAAGUCUUCCAACCAAAGAAAUUGAUUCAGAUAACAGAUUUUCUGAGACAAAUCACCAUUAAACCUUUAAAUUGUCUGCUUACUUAUUAGUCUUAAAACAUAUUAUUCAGGAAGUCAUAUGAAUUAUUGUAUAACUACAGUGAAACUAAUAUAAAGACUGUGUUUAUAAAUGGUAGAACCAUAUUCUUUUUGUUCAGGGAGUUUAAGGGGGUUAGAAGUAUUAUGAGUCUUAAUGUGAUAUAAUAUGCUUAGGAGCUUUAUUUAAUUAUCUUAUUAUUUUUGUAAGCACUCUUCUGAUAUGUACUGAAAUUUCAGCUGUACCUGAUACAAAUAAUCAUGCAGUUGUUACUGUUUAAUAUUUAAGAAAUUUUGUAGACAAUAUACAGCAUCAAACAUGUUGAGGUAUUUGCAGCACUUUUUCACUUUCACCUCCACUCUCUGUGCGAACCCCUUUCUUUCCUUUAUAUUGCAUAAUAUGCAACAUUCAAUAUAUGCACUGUUCUUGCCUUACAGUAUAAUGUUUUCUUCGGACUACCAAGCAUCAUUACAUACAAUAAUAUAUUCUAUAUUUCCCUCUUUUUAAUAUUUGUAAGAUCGUUCUGCCAUGCCCAUUUUAAUUGCUAUCAAGCAGGAUAUUAUUUCAGGCUGUACUUAGUUCAUUUCUGCAUCUAGUAAACUAUUCAUUCAGUUACCUUUCUGUUUUAGUACAUUCCUGCUUACUUUUGCUAUUAUUACAUCCUUCUUUAAUUUAAAAAAAUAUACCAACAAACGCAUUUAGUUAUCUCUUUUUUGUUAUUUUUUAUAAUCCAUACAUUGUCACUUUAUUCUAUUUCUUCUGUUAUUGCAAUCCUAAAUAAAACUUAUUUAGCUUCA